AUGUCUCCAUCCAUCUCGGACACAAAGCCGUCGGUCUUGAUUUUAGGCGGAUUGCAGGACGGCCACGCUCGGGCCCUGCUGGCUUAUCUCGUCCCCUCUAUAACAGAUCCUGCCCAACAAUCGGCUAGGCAUAUCAGAUUGGUUGACAAGUAUCUCUGUUUACCCCAGGAUGACGCUUAUACCACGUACAUGGAUUCAGAGUGUCAAAAAGUCCUGAAAGCAGGAGAAUCGAUCGGAGUAGAAUACUUACAAGCCAAUCUGUUGGUAGCGAGUUCACGGAGCAAAGCGUUCACACUACCGGAGCAGUACCGGGCGGAAAGUGGAGGUGGGGGAUCGGAGACGUAUGACUACGUGUUUGACUUCACGGGCGAGACGGACUAUAAUGCGGAGGAGGGUGUGCACAUCGAGCGUACGGGUCGGCUACUGCCCGAGCUUGGCCGGGUGGCUGCCGCGAUGGGCGUCAAGGCCUACGUCCGAGAGCUACCGGCGCUCUACCACAGUGAUAACAAGAAACCACUCAAGGAGGGCGAGGGAAAACCGUUCAGUAUGCGUUCCAAAUGGGUCCAUGAAGGUGUACGUGCCAUGGCCGCACUGCCCGAUCUUAAUAUCGUCGUCGCCCGUCCGGCUCUACUGUAUGGACCAUAUGCGGUUGACGGAUAUGCCCCCCGGUUAUUGAUCGGUGAAAUCUAUAAGUAUAUUGGUGAACGAAUGGAGCACUUAUGGUCGUCAGAGCUCCGGCUGCACACAAUCCACACCCACGAUUUUGCGGCGGGACUAUGGGCGCUAGCGGGAUGGAUGUCAGGGCUAGGCCGGGCGGCGGCGGAAGGGUAUGCGAAUCCGAUCCCCUGUCUGUUGCCAGCUGCGGAGCAGCUGCCCGCGGGGAUGCCCGCUCGGGACCAGCUCGUCAAAGCCCCAUUCUUUAACCUCGUCGACGACGGUGAUACUACUCAGGGGCUUAUGGCUAGUAUCGCCGAGAAAGUCGUAGGCGUUAAGGUCGGUUUCUACAACAAAGUUGUCUGUCAAUUUGCCAAGUUAAACAUGAUCGAUGUAAUCGAGGAUGUAAACGAGAAACACUGCGAGCCAUGGCCAGAGAUGUUAUCAAAAUCGAACCCACCAAUCACCAACACGCCCUUCACACCGAACCUCCCACGGGCCCUGCUGACAAAGAAUCACAUUGCAUUCGACGGCUCGAAGAUCAAGGAGAUAGUUGGUUUCAAGGUGAAUUUCCCGGAAAUGACCGAAGAGGUCAUCCGAGACCAGGUCCAGAAAUUCAUCCUUGAUGGCGUCUGGCCUAAUGCUCCUCCCAAGAAAUCUUCCUAA